AUGUCGGUCUCUGCGGCGUUGAAGGCCAGGGUCAGGAGGCCUAGCUAUCUGAAGAAGAUUGCGAAGGCGGAGGAUUUGAUUCACCACUUUCCCAAUGAUGCGUACAUUGGAUGGUCGGGUUUCACAGGCGUCGGCUACCCAAAGAAGAUUCCUAUUGCACUCGCUGAACAUGUCGAAAAGAACAAUCUCCAGGGCAAGCUCAAGUACAACUUGUUUGUCGGUGCGUCAUCUGGCGCAGAGACUGAGAACCGAUGGGCGAGAAACAACAUGAUCAACCGCCGAUCGCCGCAUCAGGUCGGUAAAGAUAUUGCGAAGGGCAUCAACAACGGCAACAUCAAGUUCUGGGACAAGCAUCUGAGUAUGUUCCCCGUGGACUUGAUGUAUGGAUUCUACACACUCGACAAGCCACAAAACCGCCUGGAUGUUACCAUUGUGGAGGCAUCUGCGAUUACAGAGGAUGGUGGCAUCAUCCCUGGUGCGUCAGUGGGCGCGACACCCGAACUUGUUCAAAUGGCCGACAAGAUCAUCAUUGAGGUCAACACCGCCAGCCCUAACUACGAAGGUCUCCACGACAUCACCAUGACCGACCUGCCACCUAACCGAAAGCCGUACCUCGUCAUGUCGCCUGAAGAUCGUAUCGGCACACCCCACGUUCCGGUGGACCCCGAGAGGGUUAUCGCCAUCGUCGAGAGCGACUACGCUGAUCAGACGCAGCCCAACGCUCCUGCGGACGCUACGUCAAAGGCUAUUGCUGGUAACUUGAUUGAGUUCCUGGAGCACGAAGUAAGCAAGGGACGUCUCCCCGCAAACCUCCUUCCUCUCCAAUCUGGAAUCGGCAACAUUGCAAACGCGGUCAUUGAGGGUCUUGCGACUGGAGGCGCCAACUUCAAGAACCUGAAGGUUUGGACAGAGGUUCUGCAGGACUCUUUCCUCGACCUGUUCGAUUCUGGCAAUCUUGAUUUCGCAACGGCGACAUCGAUCCGUUUCUCGCCCGAAGGAUUCGAGCGUUUCUACAAAGGCUGGGAGGAAUACGCGCCAAAGCUGCUGCUCCGCUCGCAGCAGGUGUCGAACUCGCCUGAGAUCAUUCGCCGCCUUGGUGUGAUUGGCAUGAACACGCCCGUCGAGGUCGAUAUCUACGCUCACGCCAACUCGACUUGCGUUAUGGGAUCCCGCAUCCUGAACGGUCUCGGUGGCUCAGCCGACUUCCUGCGUUCCGCCAAGUACUCCAUCAUGCACACACCGUCGACCCGCCCAUCUAAGAACGACCCUACCGGUGUCUCCUGCAUCGUGCCCAAGGUGACGCACGUCGACCAGACCGAGCACGAUCUCGACGUCAUCGUUACCGAGCAGGGUCUCGCCGACGUCCGUGGAAUGUCUCCUCGUGAGAGGGCCAGGGUCAUCAUCAACAAGUGCGCUCACCCCGACUACAAGCCUAUCCUCCAGGACUACUUUGACAAGGCUGAGUUCGAGUGUCUGAGGAAGGGAUGGGGCCACCAGCCGCAUUUGCUGUGGAACGCGUACGAUAUGCACAAGCACCUGAACGAGCACGGCACUAUGAAGCUGCCCAAGUGGGACUACACAAGCGCUGAGGCUGGUAUGAGGUAG